AUGGAGGAAGCGAAGCUGGCCAGCCUGCUAGGUAGCAUACAAAAAACGGGCGAUAAAAGUGUAAUCUAUCGUAAUUUGGUCGCAAUCCGGACAAAUUUUGUGACGAACGACGGUGGGAUCAGGUUGCUAUCGUCGCAAGAUGGCAUCAAAGUGUUGGUCGAUUUGCUGAACAAACCGUACGAAAAGGUGAUCGAGGUGGUGCUUAGCAUACUGGGAAACUGUUGCACCAAGAAGGAAUGCUGCAAACAGGCGUUCGAAUGUGGAAUACUGAAACCGUUGAUUUCGAUCAUUUCCAACAUUCCCAAUCCAAGCAUCCAGUGCCGUGGGUGUCGGCUGUUGGGCAAUUUGGCCCAACAUGAGCCGAUCAGCUACAAGAUCGCUCGUGACAAUGGUACCACGGGAUACGCACUCAGUUCCAUCCUCAACGAGUCCGACAAUACGGCCGUGCUGGUGAUGGUGAUACGCGCUAUACGACAGCUGUGGCGUGAAAAGCCUCUGCGUACCACGCUGAUGGAACAGGGUUGUAUUGGGAAAAUCGUUCACCUACUCAUACGGUACGCACAGGUUGAAUCGUACACGGAUGCGCCCCUGCCGGCCAAUAGCUCGCCGGACGGUGGACAACGCACCGCUCAGCAAUCACCGACCAGCGACAACCACGACGAGGAAAAGGUGGUGCUGAAACACUGGCACGCCCCGGAUCGAAUGGUGACGAAGGAAAAGUUUAACAACAUCGUGCGCAACAUGGAACACAGCCAGCUGUGCGAUAUCGUCGGUUAUCAGGUGAUUCAGAACUAUCGCUGGAAGGAUCGACCCGACUUUCAGUUACCCAAGUCGAACGAAACGGUCAAACUGUUCGAGAGUGUGCUCAAGUGUAUGCAGAUGAUUACGACCACGGUCGAACAGCAGGUGAUCGAAGAAAUCUACGGUGAAGUGGGCGCAGGUCUACACUGUCUUGUGUAUCUUUGCGGCGAAAAGAGUCCGUUCCGAGCGCUUGCGCUAAAGGUAGUAUCGAACCUGGCCUCCAAUCCGGAUGCAAUCGAUCGACUUACGGAGUGUGGUGUGAUAAAGAUGGCAGCGGAUUUGAUUAUGUACGCGGAUCUGGACGACUCGGAGAAGCGAUACUGCAUCAAUAUGAUGUGUUUGCUUACGAAGGAGGCUUGCAAUCGCGGUCACAUUAGGCGCAGCGGUGCACUGCAGUCGUUCAUGAAGAUCGCCAAGCAAUCGCAUGAAAAGCGCGAACAAGCGAUGAUACUGUACGCCCUGUACCAGUAUCGGUUUGAUAGUUUGAGCAAUGAAAUUCUGCUUAGCAAUGGUCUGGUAAGCUUUCUUGUACGCAUCCUAAACGGUAUCAUGACCGAGAAGGAAGUCACUCAUAUGCGGCAUGACGAGGAGGAAAAAGAACGGACCUCACACGCAAGCAUAUUCAGCAAGCGCCGAUCGCACUACGUCAAAGCGGGCAAAAUGCGCCGUAGUGAUCUAUUGUUCCAUUACAAAUCAGGUAAUGGGUACCAUCAACAACAGCAGCCACAACAUCACAAGGCGGCCAAACAGUCGAAGCUGGAUCCGUACUGUUCCGCACCGGAAUCUCCGGACAGUGGUAGCAGUGGGUAUGCGAGCACCAGCUACGGAACGGUACGCAGUCCGUCCAUGAGUGACGGAUCUAGCCCACCGCGUGUACCGGAAGAUGAAGCGUUUGAGGAUGAUACGGAAGUUUACUCGCCUGUGUGCAGCGACCACGAACAGGAGGACGAAACCGCCGCGGGUAAUGAUGGGACAAAAUGUGAUCAACAAAUUCCCGGGCUAGCCGUCGUUUGCCCUGCUAGCGAAGCAAACCGAACGCCAUGUGAUGUUCAGGAGGAACUAGAACCGGUUGACGGAGCUGAAGAAACGAACGAUUUCGAUAUGGUAGCGUACCUCAUUGAGGACAGCUCGAACGCAAAGUGGCUGGAUGCGGUAGAGGAAAAGGACCUUCUGGAGGAGGAUAGCUCAGGGUUGAAACCAUCGAGAGCGACCCACCCGGAGGAUUGUAUCGAUGAUAAUGAAAUGUUUAAGAUCGAGCUAGACAUUGCCACGGCCAAAACGUUCGAAAAAUAUCCUAUGCAACCGACCCUAACGUUGCUGUGGUCCGUUUCCAAAUCCUUCCCAGCAAUGGAGUUUGUGCAGCCGGACACGCUAGAGACGUUGCUCAAAAUAUGCAAACACGCUAAGAAACCACGCGGCCGUGCUUUCCAAACGUUGGCCAACAUUCUGAAACACGUCAACCAUUUCCUGCCACUGUUGAAACAAGACUUUGUCUUUCGAUUGCAUGAGAUGAAGAGUCCAAUCCCGGCACACGGUACUCGCUGCUGGAGUUGCGAUGAGAUGCGUACGGCCUGUAACGAUUUGAUGUCGCUAUUCGGGUCCGUAGGUGAGACAGGUUACGGACAGGGUGAAAUAGCCCACAUACUGCGCACCGGCGAGCGGGACUUAAAGCUACGCGUGUCGAUCAUCGUGCUGUUUGUCGUGCGUGACACACGACUGCUGCACAAGCUGCUGUUCGACAUGAAGGUGCUGGAGAUGGUGAUGGACUUUAUACUGGACGAAGGCACCGAACAGCAGCAGCAGCAGCAACCGAGAUUGAACGGUAUUGCUUGUUGCGCCAUAACCCGAUUAUCCCAGAAUUUGUCCAUUUGCGGCGAGGAAGAAGAUACCGGCACACCGAGCGAGAAGCUCGAGUCGAAAGAGUUCGAUAACACCGUCACGAUCUGUGACGAGUCCGCGCUGAGCGUGGAUGAGAAGGUAAUGUUUCGCGUGCGGAACGGUCCCACGGCACCACAGGAAACGGUGUACGUUUCCAAAGCGUUACUCAUGGAAGGCAGCGAAGUGUUUCGCCGCAUGUUCGAGGGUGAUCAUUUUAUCGAGUCGAAAAACAACGAAGUGCACCUGCACGAACCGAUCAGUGCGGAUGGUUUGCGGUACUUUUUCUACCUCGUUCGGUUGCAAACGUUAAACAAGCUGACAGGGAUGGCACCACCGCCGAAGGUAAUCGAAGCGAGCCUGGAUGCGCUUAGUCUCGCCCAAAAGUAUCUACUCCCGACGAUAGAAAAGCCGGUAAUGAACAUCAUCAAGACGCUGCUAAACGAUGACUGUGUGCUGAACGUGUUCGAAUGGUCACUGAAAAACUACAACCAGGAGCUGCUCGUCGCAUCGACGUACUACUUCCUCUACUCGGACAUUAGCGGUGCAGCCAAAUGGAAGCUUUACCGUGCGGCUAAUCGAUCGUGCUAUCGGGACGAAUGGAGACGGUUGCUUACCGAAACCGUCCUUUACCGUGUGCAACCGAAUGCGGAGCUUUAA